GCGUCUGUGGAAGACGUCUUUUCCUUCGGUUUUGUGGUCCCCAGCUGUCCCUCUGCACUGGUCUUCAGCACCAUGGACAGCGCCUUGGACAGCCUGGACGCCGCGCGCUUCCUACAGAUCUGGCAACAUUUCGACGUCGACGACAACGGAUACAUCGAAGGGAAGGAGCUGGACGCCUUCUUCCAACACAUGCUGGAGAAAUUUGGGAUGAAGAGGGAGGAGAUAAACGAGGAAAAAAUCAGAAGACUGAGAGAAAGAUUCAUGUCUGCGUACGAAACCACAGCUGACGGACGUCUGCAGAUCCAAGAGCUGGCCACCAUACUGCUGCCGGAGCAGGAGAACUUCCUGCUUCUGUUUCGCAGAGAGACGCCGCUGGACAACAGCGUGGAGUUCAUGAGGAUCUGGAGAAGCUACGACACGGACAGCAGCGGCUACAUCUCAGCGAUCGAGCUCAAGGGCUUCCUCCAUGACCUCUUCCUCCAACACGGGAAGUCCAUCACCCCCGAAAAACUGGAGACGUACACCGACACCAUGAUGAAGAUGUUUGACAAAAACAAAGAUGGCCGACUGGACCUAAAUGACCUGGCCCGAAUCUUGUCCCUGAAAGAGAACUUCCUCCUGAAGUUUAAGAUGGAUGCUUGCAGUCAAGAGGACAGGAAGAGAGACUUUGAGAAGAUCUUUGCUCACUACGAUGUUAGUAAGACGGGCGAGUUAGAGGGCCCUGAAGUAGAUGGAUUUGUCAAGGACAUGAUGGAGCUGGUGAAGCCCAGCAUCAGUGGCACGGACCUGGACAAGUUCAGGAAAGCCCUGAUGAGUCACUGCGACGUCAACGGAGACGGAAAGAUCCAGAAGAACGAGUUGGCGCUCUGUCUCGGCCUCAAAAUCAGCUAGUGGACCCCCGCAAACUCAGCUAGUGGACCCCCGCAGACUCAGCUAGUGGACCCCCGAAGACUCAGCUAGUGGACC